AUCUCGACUUAUCUCUAGCCUCUACCUAACUUCCCGUCUCUGCUUUACACAAAAUCUGGCCAUGUCUUUACCCAGUUCAUCCCUUGCUAAGCCAGUGGUGGAGAGCAGCCCAGAGGCCCAAGGUGGCCUGGGUGCUGACAAACAUGAGAGAGCUGAGGGAGCAGAGGAAGCAAAGAAAACCCUGUGGCCUGCACACCCGGGUUUGCCUCCUGCAGGCACCACAGCAUCCCUGUCUGGUGAGGAGGGCCAGUCCUCCAGUGGGGAAGUGGGAACUCAGGAAUGCCUGGCAUCUGAGCCUCCUCAGUGGGAAGAGGGUAAGGCAGAGGAGAAGGCAGUAGUGGAGUCAGAGGAAAAGGCAGCAGUAGAGUCUGACCAGGAAGAGCGUCUCAUUCCUCUCUCACAGAUGAUCCCAUACAUCUCCUGUUUUAUUUGCAAAGGCUACUUAAUAGAUGCGGCAACCAUUACAGAAUGUCUUCAUACUUUCUGUAAAAGCUGCAUCGUAAAACAUUUUGAGCACAGCAACAGAUGUCCAAAGUGCAACAUUAUAGUGCACCAGGCCAAACCUCAUAAAAACUUGAGGAUGGAUCCACAAUUACAAAGCAUAGUAUACAAAUUAGUGGCAGGUCUAGAGGAAAAUGAAAAAAAGCAGAGGCGUGAAUUUAAUAAAGAACAUUGUCUGGGACCACCAGAACCCGCUGCUGUUCCACAGCCAGGCCAUUCAAGUGAAGAGAACACUAAGGAAGUUGUGGAAUAG